CUUACAAAUACAAUCUCUUCACUUUCCCUCAUUAGAGACACCCACCACCGCGCCAAAAACUUUUGCACCAUGGUGAUCACCAACAUACUCCUCUUUCUUGUGUUCAAAUAAUCUCAUUUUAUAACAAUCACAUUCAUAACACACUCUUUUCAAAAUUGAGUCACAAUGAGCAUACCUAUGGUUGAAAAAACCAUUAUCAAGUCACAACAAACACUAUGGAGCAUCACAGAAAGAAAAUGCUUACACCUACUUCAAACCAAAACCAAAACCUUCAAAACCCUCCUUCAAAUCCACGCUUUCAUUCUCACAAACUCCCUCCACAACAACCUCAACCUCCUCACCAAGUUCAUCUCAUCUUGCACCUCACUCGCCUCUUCCACCUCCCGCAAAACCCACGCCAUCAAAAUCGUUCAACACGCCCGUCGUUUCUUCGACCACACGUCACCCAAUAACCGCGACGAGUUUCUCUGUAAUACUAUCAUUAACUCCCAUUUAUCCAUUCGUCAGUUUGAUCAUUGUUUUACCCUCUACCGGUCUUUUUGUAAAGAUGGAUUUUUUAUGCAAAACUCUUAUAUGUUUACUUCGAUUUUAAAGGGUUGUGGAGCUUGUGAUGGUGUGAAGGAAGGUUUGGAGGUUCAUGGGGUUGUUUUGAAAAAUGGGUUUUGUUUUGAUUUGUAUGUGGGGACUAGUUUGGUUGAUAUGUAUGUGAAAUUUGGGGAGGUGGGUUGUGCGAGGAAGGUGUUUGAUGAAAUGUCUGUGAGGAGUUUGGUUUCGUGGACUGCGGUUAUUGUUGGGUAUUGUAGGAAGGGUGAUAUGAGGGAGGCGAGGAAGCUUUUUGAUGUGAUGAGUGAUAGAGAUGUUGCGGUUUUUAAUGUGAUGAUUGAUGGGUAUGUGAAGAUGGGGUGUAUGGAUUUGGCGAGGGAGGUUUUUGAUGAGAUGGGGGAGAGGAAUGUUAUUUCGUGGACUAGUAUGGUUCAUGGUUAUUGUGAGGAUGGGGAUGUUGAUUCUGGUAGGGUUUUGUUUGAUUGUAUGCCGGAGAAGAAUGUGAUGAGUUGGAAUGCGAUGAUUAGGGGGUAUUGUUUGAAUAGACGGCCGCAUGACGCGUUGAAGUUGUUUUGUGAGAUGAGAGGGAAUGUGGAUGUGGAAAUGAAUGAAGUGACUGUUGUGAGUGUUCUUCCUGCUGUUGCUGAUUUGAGUGCUUUGGAUUUGGGUGAGUGGAUUUAUGGGUUUGUGCAAAGGAAGCAGCUUGGCGAAUCUAUUCAUGUGUGUAAUGCGUUGGUUGAUAUGUAUGCGAAAUGUGGGGAGAUAGGAAAAGCGAAAUUGGUUUUUGAGGAGAUGGGGGAAAGAGAUACAGGUUCUUGGAAUGCUUUGAUAAACAGUUAUGGAGUCAAUGGAUGUGCGAAGGAAGCGUUGGAGGUGUUUGAUGUUAUGUUACGGGAAGGAUUUGAACCGAAUGAGAUAACUAUGACUAGUGUGUUAUCUGCUUGCAACCAUUGCGGUUUGGUAGAGGAAGGAAGAAGAUGCUUCAAAGCGAUGAAGAGAUUUCAAAUUGUGCCUCAGAUUGAGCAUUACGGUUGUAUGGUUGAUCUUCUAGGAAGGGCUGGAUGUUUGGAUGAGGCUGAGAGUUUGAUUCAGGCCAUGCCUUACGAUGCUAACGAGAUAAUAUUGACUUCGUUUCUGUUUGCUUGUUGUUACUUCGAAGAUGUUUCAAGGGCUGAAAGAGUGCUUAAAGAGGCAGUGAAAACGGAGAAGGAAGGUGCUGGAGAUUACGUGAUGUUGAGAAAUCUGUAUGCUACAGAACGACGGUGGGCUGAUGUGGAGGAUGUUAAACAAAUGAUGAAGAAAAAAGGAUCAAAUAAAGAGGUUGCUUGGAGUGUUAUUGAGGUCGAUGGUAGAUUUAGAGAGUUUGUGGCAGGUUAUUACUUGCAUUCGCAUUCGCAUCUGGAAGCUAUUCAGUUAACAUUGGCACAGCUAUGGAAGCAUAUGAAAGUUGAAACAGUUUAUUGAAAUUUGAAAGACGACAAAAGUUGAAAGAGCGAGGUUAAAACGAAGUUAAAUUUUGAAAAGAAAGGAAUUUCAUGACAACACCAAAGAAAGGGAUGCCCGAUCAAAUCAUGUAUCAACAUCUGGGGGAGUUCACUCUAAUACCCUUAAGAAGUUUAAGGAAACAGCCGAAACGUACCUAUCGAUGACUUGUGGAACCUAGAGCUCACAGCGCAAACCACAUUAUUGGAAUUUAGUUCACUGUCUUGAGUAUUUCAUCAAAAGUGAGUAUGAUUGAAGAGGCAACUCUGUCACUGAUGAUGCAGAAGAUGAGUUCCUGUUGUGACUUGUGUGUCAAUGAUUCUGGCCAUAGGCUAUUAAGGACAGUUGUUGCUCUGGCCAUGUACUAGUUGAAAAGUCUCAAUUGAUGAAUGAAUGUUAUUUUCAGUUUGGUUAUUACUUUAAUAAUCCUUGUUUUUUUGCCUUAACCUACAAAACUCUUCUCCGACU